AUCAAGAUGGUUUCUUGAGGGACUGCAAGUUGCCCCAUCCCUAUAUCUAUACCUUUCCUCCUCCGUUCUUUCCCCUUCCUGGACUUGCAGAAUACACACACACACACACACACACACAGAGAGAGCGGAGAGAGAAAAUGAAGGGCUGCGAUUUGUGCAAGUCGGCGCCGGCGAGGAUGUACUGCGACUCGGACCAGGCGAGCCUAUGCUGGGGCUGCGACGCGAAGGUUCACUCGGCGAACUUCCUGGUUGCGAGGCACUCGAGGACUCUGCUGUGCCACGCGUGCCAGUCGCCGACGCCGUGGAGUGCUUCUGGCGAGAAGCUGGGGCGGACGGUGUCGGUGUGCGAAGGCUGCGUCGACGGGUGCGGGGGAGUGAAGGGGGCGGAGGAGAACGGAGUCCGGAACGACGAGGAGAGCGAUGGAGGUUACGACGGCGAAGAAGAAGAAGAAGACGAUGAGGAUGAUGAUGAGGAGGAGGAAGGGGAGAAUCAGGUGGUGCCGGGGUCGUCGACGCCGCCGCCGCCGCCUCCUCCUCCGGACGCGAGUUCUUCCAGUAGCGAGGAGUCGUCGAGUAGGUUUUGCAACGGCGGAAGAGCAGCAUCGCUGAAGCAGUUUCGCCGGAAUUCUGCAGAUCUUUGCUCUGAUGAUGAUGAUCUCGGCUGUUCAUCUGCUCGCCGGGAAAACAGGUCAACGGCGGCGCCAAGAUACAGCGGAACCGUUUUUGUUGAACCGUCGAGGCCUUUGAAACGCCAGAGAACGGACCUGACUGGCACGAGUACUAACGCUGAAAAUUAUGGAGACUAUCGUUGAGGUCUGUAGUCUGAGUGAGAAUCCGGCAGCCGUCCGUUCGGAAGCGUCGCGGAUGCCGUAGCCGUCGUCCGAUUUAAGGAGGUUUGAUUGCCGUGACUAACAACGAGCCUCUGGCAGGGUGAUCAAUCCUGUUUUAACCUUAGUAGUUUGCUUGAUAUGAUAUCUUUAGUUGUAUUAGGGAGGUGAUUUCUACUUUAGCUAAUUGUAAUCCCCAUUCGAUUUUUCUCGUUUCAAAAAAUCCAGACCUCCAAAGAAUAUACAUGCCCCGGCACUAAACUGUGGGGAGAUUCAUGUUGGCGUUGAUUUCUGCUCGUUUAGAAAUGUAUGUUGUAGCAUUCAGUUUGGGUAGAAAAAUCUCUACUCCUUUUUUAAAGUUUUAUUAUUUUCUGUUGAGAAUGUCUGCUUUUUACACUGUAAAAUACUACUGGAUAGUUCAAUCUCUUUAAUCA